CCGGGGACAGCGGCGGCUCUGGGGGCGGCGGGAGGGCCCCGCUGCACUGCCCGGCCGCGGAGCCGCUGGGCCGGACCGGGCCGGGCCGGACUGAGCCGGGCUACGGGAACGCCCCGAGCCCCCGCGGGCCCGGCCGGGCCCCGGCCCGGCCCCGCCCCGCCGGGAGGAGUCCCGCGGGGAACGGGGUGUCCCGUGGGGAAGGGGUGUCCCCCCGGUAGUGGCCCCGGCUCCGCCGACCCCUCCUGUCGUGCAGCCCCGCAGGGCCGAGGCUCCAGGCCGCGCCGCCAGCCGGGGCUGUCGCAGCCCCUUCCCCGCGGGGAGGGCCCGGGGAAGCGCCGGGGAGCCCCGGCCCGCAGCGGGGGCGGUGUGCAGGCACCGGGCUGCGGGUUCUGCUGAAAAACCUCCAUUGUCCUCGUGUUUCCUUCGGUUUGCUUCUAACAGGGUUCUGAAAGGGCAUUUUUGAGCAUGUUCAGACUGGGAAUAAGGGUGUUUCUGUUUGUAUUGUUCACCUGACAAUAGACUCUUGUGUCUUGCACGGCAUGUUGCAAAGCCCUUUCCGAACUUUAAAUUUCGGGGAGCAGGAGCGCUCGGGGCAGGGCUCAGUGCAGCUUGAAGGCGACCUGCAGUGGUGGAACAGGCGGGGUGUGAGCACAGAACCCCUCCCAGCCGUGGCCUGCCUGCUGACCCACGUGUGCACACGGGUGUCCACAAACAAUUGGUGUUUGUAAAUACAGAGCACACCACUGCCGGGUUUGUGAAUGGCGGGGGAAGGAGGCUGGGAGCUGGCUCUGCUGUGUUUCCUGGUGUUGGAAAAUACAGUAACUUGGAGGGAGGAGCUAAGCAAAGUAUUGGUUAAGGGUUAUGGGUGUGACAUCUGGAGCUAAGAGCCUGUGCUCUGCAAAUAAAAACCUAAAGUCUUAUCAGUUUGCUCAGAUGGCCACAAAACAGUUUGUUGAUUUCUAGGAAAGGAGCAUAGAAAUCUUUCUGAGCUUCUGUUGUUAGAAGCAUCGUGGUUUGUGUUUUGAUACAGAAUUUGAAACAGGAGUCUGGUUGUGCAGGUGUUGAAGGUUGUGUUGUCUGCAAGCUGGGUGCACCUUUGAGGGCAGAGGUGCUGAUUGGCACAUCUGGAAGGACACGGGGAGAGACCCAAAUGUUUCCAUUUUUCUGUUGGACAUACCACCUUUAGGAAGGAUGCAGUUGGUACUGGGUGGUGCUGGGUUUCAGUGCUGCUGAAUGUGUUUGGAAGCGGUGGCGCUGUGUUGCUUGGCCAGGCCGCACAGGACGGAGCUGUACGAGGAGCCCCCGCCGGGAUGCUGGCCCAUCGUGUACUCCCCGGAGUACAACAUCACCUUCAUGGGCCUCGAGAAGCUGCACCCCUUCGACGCGGGCAAGUGGGGGAAAGUCAUCAACUUCCUCAAAGAAGAAAAACUAAUUGCAGAUGACUUGAUUGUGCAGGCACGGGAGGCGACUGAUGAAGAUCUCUUGGUUGUUCACACCAGGCGCUACCUUAAUAAAUUGAAGUGGUCAUUUGUUGUGGCUACAAUCACAGAAAUUCCACCAGUUGCCUUUCUUCCCAAUUUUGUUGUUCAGAGGAAAGUUCUGAAACCUCUACGAACCCAGACAGGAGGAACAAUAAUGGCAGGGAAGCUUGCUGUGGAUAGAGGCUGGGCCAUCAACGUGGGGGGUGGUUUCCAUCACUGCUCCAGUGACAAAGGGGGAGGAUUUUGUGCAUAUGCUGACAUCACUCUGGCCAUCAAGUUCUUAUUUGAGAGAGUACCAGGAGUGUCUAGAGCCACAAUUAUUGAUCUGGAUGCCCACCAGGGAAAUGGCCAUGAGAGGGACUUUAUGGAUGAUCCUCGGGUUUAUAUUAUGGAUGCAUACAAUAGAUAUAUUUAUCCAGGGGAUGGUUUUGCUAAACGUGCCAUCAGGCGCAGGGUGGAGCUGGAGUGGGGCACGGAGGACACGGAGUACCUGCAGAAGGUGCACACGCACGUGGAGGGAGCCCUCAACGAGUUCCGGCCCGACAUCGUCGUCUACAACGCCGGCACCGACGUCCUGGACGGGGACCCCCUGGGAGGGCUGGCCAUCUCCCCCCAGGGCAUUGUGAAGAGGGACGAGGUGGUGUUCAGGGCCGCCAGGAGCCGCGGCGUGCCCGUGCUGAUGGUGACGUCGGGCGGGUACCAGAAGAGGACGGCGCGCAUCAUCGCCGACUCCAUCCUCAACCUGCACAGCCUGGGGCUGCUGGCCAGGCCCCGGCCAGCCUGCGCCCUGGGGAGCCCCAGCCUGCAGCACACGGCCUCAGGCUCUGCCCAGGACCCCAGCAGCCCGGCCCUGCAGUGACACAACCCCCACGCAACACAGGGUCACUCCUGAAUUUAUCUCGAGCUAAGGCUGCGCAUCCUUUCCAGCUAAUUGAGAUAUGCACUCAAGGGUGCUGUCCUCGUGUCUAAUUGUGCUGUAGAAAGCCUAAUUUGCUUCUCUCGCUGUGGGGUCUGUUAUGUUGGAAGAACUAUGCAGUUGGCAUCCAAAGACUGUCCCAGACCUGUUUCAAAUGUUGCAGCAUGGUCUAAGGUGGGAGAAAUACGGACUAAAGCUACUGUUUUGUGGGGUUUUUAAAUACUGCAUUUUAUUUAUUGCUUUUAAAAUACUGUUAUAAAAUGAGUUCUGUGCAGAAUUCAACUGCCGGUUUAACACUAAAGGGAAGUGCAAUACUGUAAAAUCCAGGGCAGUUUGUUUAUGGCUUUGAGGCCAUAGACAGUUAGAAGGAAUGUUUGUAAAUUCGUAGUUUAUUCCUGUUGUUGAUAGUUACUUAAAUCUUGCUCAUAAACACCUUAUGAAAUAGAAUAUGAAACACCUUUGGCUCCAUGUGCAAAUGAGCCAUAGGGCUCCCCAUUACCAGGCUGGUGUUCCUAACGAGCUCUGCAUGUGACAGCAGCAGUUCCUGUGCACUCAAACUCACAGAUGGAGAAACUGCAGCCCAGUGAAGGCUGAUCUUACAGUUCUCAGCAACCCUGCAGAAAAAAAACUAUGUAGAAAUAUAGGUUGUCUUAUUAUUGCCAGCUUGCCACGUAUAAAACGGUGAGGAGUACAUUUAAAUUGUUUUUCCCCAACUAGUGCUGUGUUUUUCACCUGCUCAGAGAGUAAUGGUACUUCUAGCUGCAGUCAUAGCUGGUAAGCAAAUCCUUCAUUAUUCUUGUUCAUCGAGGAAGGCAGUGACAUUUCUACAUUAAGAUAAUGUGCUAACUUCAUAUGGAGCUUUUAGGAGAAUUUGGGAACAAAAUAGUGCAUUCAAAGCAAAUUCAGUUGCACUGCCUGGGAAGUUUGGCUUUGUUCAAGUUGGUACAUUUUGCAUUAGGUUUGUAGCAGUGGAUUGUAAAUGUACUAAACUGUAUAUUUUGCAAGAGCUUUUAUAACUUUCACUGAUUUGUACUACAGGUUUUACGUUGUGUUUAGUUUGGAGCCGUCCUGUGAGGGAGCACCAGGAUUUUCCUUGUAGUAGAGUUGUUGUGUAAGCUGUUUAAGGAAUGUUGAAUUCUAAUUAUAAUACUUACCUCAUUUAGUGUUCAUGUUUAGAUCAUGGGGUUUGUCAGCUGUAGGAAUUGCACAACUGCUAUAAAUACCUGCUUUAAACCAGACCUGAACUAUUGCACUAAGCUUGAGUUAUUACACUGGGAUUAAAGAGCACUUUUAAAUUUCUUACUAGAAGGACCAUCAGAGUACGACUAAUGUUGAGAUUUAUUUUUUCUAUACUGUCUGACAUUACUGAAAGAUGUUGUUAUUCUUUCAUAUAAUUUUUAUAAAAUUCUAGGUUACAUUUCUAUGAACUAACCCCCCAUCAUUGCACCAUAUGGUCUUUCCCCAAACAUUUGCUGUUUGUGUUAACAUGUUUCUAUAAUUUUCCCUCAGUGGAGAUUAAAAUGAUGUUGAACAAUGCUGA